UGCAGACCGCUCGUACGUAAAGUCAUGGUCUACACAGUUUAAUAUUAAAGUAUACGUUUAGUGUGGUGCGUUUAAUAAUUAAUCUUGGUCACACUGACACGUUUAAUGACACUAGAGGAUGGGCUAAAACAGAUAGGACAGGUGUCAGGGAAAAACAAUUUAACUCGGUGGUAGUGUGGAGAACUUACAACAGCCUAGGUGAUUUAUUAUUAUUAUUAUUAUUAUUAUUUUAAUAGCUGCUGGAUUUUUCUUACGUCCGGGGAUGUUAUGCACAAUAAUAGGAAAAUUACAACCUGCUUUGAAACGGGCUCAACUACUGUCUAGUCUCCAAACAAACCCACCAUGGAGACUUAUGCCGAUCCGUGCCAGUUCAGCCCAGUCUGCAGUGGUGAAGUUACUGGACAGCUGUCUGGUGCUCGACUAUGAAGGCAGUCGGAUGCAUCUGAACUAUGUGUGGUUAAGGGACCACUGCCGCUCCGAGUCCUCAUACAACAGCCAGACGAACCAGAGAAACCUGGACACUGGAAGGAUUGACCUCAACAUUCGUCCUCAUGAUACAAAAGUGGAAGAUGGAUAUCUCCUUCUGAACUGGCCUGAUGGUCAUGUGUCCAAGUACGGUCUUCAGUGGCUAGCAGACAACAGCUAUGAAGGACAGAAGCAGAGCCCUGUACAGCCACGCAUCCUCUGGAAUUCAGACAUCUAUAAAAAUGCAAACGUCCCCUCGGCCAAAUGGGACAAGUUUAUGAGUUGUGAUGAUGAACUCAAGAAAUUUCUUCAGAACUAUGUCCUGUAUGGGAUCGCGUUUGUAGAUGACGUCCCAGCUACAGUGGAGGCCACAGAGGCAGUCACCCAGAGGGUCAGUCUGAUCAGAGAAACUACCUAUGGAAAAAUGUGGUGCUUCACUUCAGACUUUUCCAGAGGAGACACAGCUUACAGCCAGCUGGCUCUGGACCGUCACACUGAUACUUCAUACUUUCAGGAACCUUGUGGAAUCCAGGUUUUCCACUGCCUCAAGCACGAAGGAACUGGAGGAAAGACACUACUUGUUGAUGGGUUCUAUGCUGCUGAAAAACUCCGCCAAAGAUCUCCUGAAAACUUUGAAUUACUUACUCGCGUGCCCAUCAAGCAUGAAUACAUCGAGAACUCAGACAAACACCAAAACCACAUGAGGGGUAUUGGCCCUUUGCUUGAAGUCUAUCCCUGGAACAAAGAACUUUACAUAAUCCGAUACAACAACUACGACAGAUCAGUGAUAAACACAGUCCCUCAUGAUGUUGUUCAGCGUUGGUACGUGGCGCAUCGAGAGCUGACCACAGAACUACGGCAGCCUGAGAACGAGUUAUGGGUGAAACUGACUCCAGGGAAAGUACUUUUCAUUGACAACUGGCGUGUCAUGCAUGGGAGGGAGUCUUUCACCGGUGUGAGGCAGCUCUGUGGAUGUUACCUGACCAGAGAUGAUGUCCUCAGCGCUGCACGUGGCUUUGGUCUGCAGGCCUAAGACUGGACAAGAGGAUCCCUAUUCCUCAGUGCCCUGUCAGCUUUUAAUUUAUAUUACAAAACUCCAAUUUUUUAACUUGUAAUACACAGCUGGUGCAAUUGUUUUUCCACUGCCACUUGAAUUAUGCUUUAAACAUAGCAAUAUUCCAUAAAUAAUCAAUAAUAGUUUUUUAAAAUUUUUGUAUGGGUAAUAUUGCUCUACAUGUAAGCCAGAUGAAAUCAUGUUUUGUUUUAGAAAAAAGCAUGUGAAGAUAGCAUUAAAUAGUCACAUUGUUCCACAUAUCUGUUUCUGUAUUAGGAUUUGGCCAAACUAACUAUUCCUAAUUUUACAGUAGGUGUCGUGCAAAUUUGACAGUGAUGUAUGAUGUUAGGGUUGUCUGAGCAAAGUUUUCAGGCAAGGUGACUGAAAAUGAAGCUAGUAUAGGUACUAACAUGUGAUUUAGUCAUAGUAUAUAUUAUAUGUAAGCUCAUAUAUGACUUUGGCUCCAUGUCGCUGUCAGACAUCUCCUAUAUAUUUCACAGUAAUAGGAAAAUGAAUGUAGGUCUCUGCUGCACUCACUCUUGCCAAAAAACCCAUCAUGCUUUGCCAAGUUGCGUUACAUCAGAUUUACUGAUUUGGCUAGUUCACAGAAAGGGUUGUUUAAUAUUUACUUUUAUAAUAAAUAAGGUUGAGCACUGCAACAUUUCCAUAAUUCAUUUGGAGAAGGUAAUGAGUUUGGAGAUUUCUAGCUGCAUGAAACUUGAACUUUGACUUAACUCGUUAAAACCUGACGUGUCAUAGCUGACACACCCUGCGCAUAUGCAGUUUGGAUGUCUGUAACUCUUUCAGUGUUUGUGCAAUUUGAAAAAUUCCAACGGUUUCUGAAACCUGAGAUUCGGCGCAUUAUAGGUUUUAUUUGGUUAUUAUGGUAAUUUCACUCAUGCCUGUAUCAGAAGCUGGAGGAGAAGCUGUAUUAGCAGAAUUAUAACAUGCGGUAAAUUGUAAAUGAUUGCCAGAUUUUGAAAGAUCUGGAAAAAAUAAGAGCCCUGGAAAAAUGGG